GUGCUGAGAGUGUCCUGCCUGGUCCUCUGUGGCUGGUGGGGUGGGGGAGCCAGGUGUGUCUAGAGGAGCCCAGUGGGCAGCAAGGCAGUCAUGGGGCUGGAUGCACUGGUGCCCCUGGCCGUGACAGUAGCCAUCUUCCUGCUCCUGGUGGACCUGAUGCACCGGCGCCAACGCUGGGCUGCACGCUACCCGCCAAGUCCCCUGCCACUGCCAGGGCUGGGCAACCUGUUGCAUGUGGACUUCAAGAACACACCAUACUGCUUCGACCAGCUGCGGCGCCGCUUCGGGGACGUGUUCAGCCUGCAGCUGGCCUGGACGCCGGUGGUCGUGCUCAACGGGGUGCUGAAUGCCGUCCCCCUCCUCCUGCGCAUCCCAGCGCUGGCUGGCAAGGUCCUACGCUCCCAAAAGGCUUUCCUGACCCAGCUAGAUGAGCUGCUGACCGAGCACAGGAUGACCUGGGACCCAGCCCAGCCACCCCGAGACCUGACUGACGCCUUCCUGGCAGAGAUGGAGAAGGCCAAGAGGAACCCCGAGAGCAGCUUCAAUGAAGAGAACCUGCGCAUGGUGGUGGCUGACCUGUUCUCUGCUGGGAUGGUGACCACCUCGACCACACUGGCUUGGGGCCUCCUGCUCAUGAUCCUGCACCCGGAUGUGCAGCGCCGUGUCCAACAGGAGAUCGACGACGUGAUAGGGCAGGUGCGGCGACCAGAGAUGCGUGACCAGGCUCACAUGCCCUACACCACUGCCGUGAUUCAUGAGGUGCAGCGCUUUGGGGACAUUGUUCCCCUGAAUAUGCCCCACAUGACAUCCCGUGACAUCGAAGUGCAGGGCUUCCUCAUCCCUAAGGGGACGACGCUCUUCACCAACCUGUUCGUGCUGAAGGAUGAGGCCGUCUGGGAGAAGCCCUUCCGCUUCCACCCCGAACACUUUCUGGAUGCUCAGGGCCACUUUGUGAAGCCAGAGGCCUUCCUGCCUUUCUCAGCAGGCCGCCGUGCAUGCCUCGGGGAGCCCCUGGCCCGCAUGGAGCUCUUCCUCUUCUUCACCUGCCUGCUGCAGCGCUUCAGCUUCUCGCGCUUCAGCUUCUCGGUGCCCGCCGGACAGCCCCGGCCCAGCCACUCUCAUGUCGUUGGCUUUCUGGUGACCCCUUCCCCCUACGAGCUUUGUGCUGUGCCCCACUAG